AUGGCCAAGUCCUUACCUAACUUCGCCACCUUUGUUGCUCUCCUCUGCCUUUACUUUCUCCUCCUUUCCUCUCACGAGGUACAAAUGGUGGAAGCAAAAGUGUGCGAAGAGCGUAGCAAAACAUGGUCGGGUGGUGUGGAAACGGGAGCCACUGUGACAAACAAUGUAAGGAUUGGGAGGAAGCAAAGGAUGGCGCUUGCCAUGUAG